GCGUGUGGGUUGGCCGUGGCCAGCCAUUGCUACUCCUCCCUCCCUUCUUGGUGUCGCCGCAGCGGACAACCAACUGCCAACUUGCCUUGCCCGUCAUGGCCAUGGCGACCCACAGCCACCUCCCCAAGCGCCGACGCGUAUGCCCUGCCGCGGGCGCGCCGAUCGACGAGCUGCCCGACGAGCUCCUCUUCUUGGUCCUGGACCGGGUGGCGGCCGCCGAUCCGCGCGCGCUCAAGUCCUUCGCGCUGGCCUCCCGCGCCUGCCACGCCGCCGAGUCGCGCCACCGCCGCGUGCUCCGCCCGUACCGCGCCGACCUACUCCGCGCCGCGCUUGCCCGCUACCCCACCGCCGCCCGCCUCGACCUCACCCUCUGCGCGCGCGUGCCCGGCGCGGCCCUCUCCUCCGCGCCCGUGCCUUCCCUCCGCGCCGUCGACCUCUCCCGCUCCCGCGGCUUCGGGGCGCCCGGCCUCGCCGCGCUCGUCGCCGCCUGCCCCGCCCUGGCCGACCUCGACCUCUCCAAUGGGGUCGACCUCGGGGACGCGGCGGCCGCGGAGCUGGCGCGGGCGCGGGGCCUGCAGAGGCUCUGCCUCUCGCGCUGCAAGCCCAUCACGGACAUGGGCCUCGGCUGCAUCGCCGUCGGCUGCCCAGACCUGCGGGACCUCACGCUCAACUGGUGCCUCGGGAUCACGGAUUUGGGGAUCCAGCUCCUCGCCCUCAAGUGCAACAAACUCAGGAACCUGCAUCUUUCCUACACCAUGAUCUCCAAAGACUGCCUUCCAGCCAUCAUGAAGCUACCCAAUCUUGAGGUGUUGGCACUGGUGGGAUGUGUUGGAAUAGAUGAUGAUGCCCUUAGUGGUCUUGAGAAUGAAAGCAGCAAAUCACUACGGGUUCUCGAUAUGUCUACCUGUCGAAAUGUCACUCAUACGGGAGUUUCAUCAGUUGUGAAGGCAGUGCCAAAUCUCUUGGAGUUGAAUCUGUCCUACUGCUGUAAUGUUACUGCAUCUAUGGGAAAAUGCUUCCAAAUGCUUCCUAAAUUGCAGACCUUGAAAUUGGAAGGCUGCAAGUUCAUGGCUGAUGGACUAAAACACAUUGGAAUUUCUUGUGUCUCUUUAAGAGAGUUGAGCCUGAGCAAGUGCUCAGGAGUGACAGAUACUGAUCUGUCUUUCGUUGUGUCAAGACUAAAGAAUUUGCUGAAGCUGGACAUUACUUGCAAUCGCAAUAUCACUGAUGUUUCGUUAGCUGCCAUCACUAGCUCAUGCCAUUCCCUCAUCUCUCUAAGAAUAGAGUCCUGUAGCCAUUUUUCUAGUGAAGGGCUCCGACUUAUUGGGAAGCGAUGUUGCCAUUUGGAAGAGUUGGAUAUCACCGACAGUGAUUUGGACGAUGAAGGUUUGAAAGCUUUGUCUGGAUGCAGCAAACUGUCAAGCUUAAAAAUUGGAAUAUGCAUGAGGAUAAGUGACCAAGGCCUUAUCCACAUUGGGAAGUCUUGUCCAGAACUCCGAGAUAUUGAUUUGUAUAGGUCUGGGGGUAUUAGUGAUGAGGGGGUUACUCAAAUUGCCCAAGGUUGUCCAAUGCUAGAGUCUAUCAACCUGUCGUACUGUACAGAAAUAACAGAUGUUUCGUUGAUGUCGCUCUCAAAAUGUGCAAAGCUAAACACACUGGAGAUCCGUGGUUGCCCCAGUAUUUCAUCUGCUGGGCUCUCAGAAAUAGCAAUCGGAUGCAGGCUACUUGCCAAGCUUGAUGUCAAGAAGUGCUUUGCGAUCAAUGAUGUGGGGAUGUUUUUUCUUUCCCAGUUCUCUCAUAGCCUCCGUCAGAUAAACUUGUCAUACUGUUCGGUCACCGAUAUUGGGCUUCUGUCCCUCUCUAGCAUAUGCGGGCUUCAGAACAUGACGAUUGUACACUUGGCGGGUAUUACGCCUAAUGGCUUGCUGGCUGCUCUGAUGGUCUCUGGUGGUUUGACAAGGGUGAAGCUUCAUGCAGCGUUCAGAUCUAUGAUGCCCCCGCAUAUGCUCAAAGUCGUUGAGGCUCGCGGCUGUGCUUUCCAGUGGAUUGAUAAACCAUUCAAGGUCGAGCAAGAACGAUGCGACAUAUGGCAACAACAGUCUCGAGACGUGCUUGUACGAUGAGAAAUGUUUGACGUCGUCGUCUUGGCUGUCAGCCUACAGGAUAUGGUGUAGAACGAGGCUUUGCACCAAGGUGGACUUGUGUACAGAACAGACAUUAUCGGAACAAUGUUGUAUACUCAUGUUUCCUUCAGUGCACUAGGAGGUUCUUUUGUUGUGCCGUAUCCUGUAUAUAGAGCAGCAGGAGAUGGAUGAAAUCAUAGAGGAAUUGCUGGAGGUCGACGUGUACUUAAUAGAAACUCACCGAUCAAUGUGAGAGUGUGCACAGUUCUAUUACCUGUCCAAUGCGCUCUUGUUUCGAAUGAGUAGUAGUUUAGCCUGUGUU